AUGGUUGACUCGGACGGCAACUCAGAUCAGCAAGAGAAGGAAAUCAAGAAGCCGUAUCGCUUGACUGGGCCCCUCGUUGUGGCAGAAGAGGCCAUGAUCUCUGUCGUGCCAGAGUUUAUCCCUUACGACACGUUCAUGCCGUUUACCACGACCGUCAUCGCUGAGGAAGACUUCCCACGCUUUAUCCAACAUGUCAAUGACAGAUUCAUGCAGAAGUCGGCGAAAGGUGACGACGACACUACGAAGCAGGGCAGCAAGGUUUCGAGGAAGGACAAGAAAGCUUCGAGAGUAGCCAAGAGAGCUUCAACCGUACUCAAGAAAGUUUUGCAGAAAGCGAAGUCUGGCAAACGUCAGGUUGAGUCGAACACUGAAGAUAACAACAUCAAAGCCAGACUCCCGAACGACAGAGUUUGCAGGCGAGACAUUACUAUGGCAGCGCCUUUCGUCUCCAGAUUGCAGAAGGUUGAUGUCAUCGGCGGUGACGGCGAGUCUGUGUUCCUUCGAUCAGACUGGGAGACCGAGGACGAGGACUAUUUCGAACUCUUCAAUCCAUACGCUAACGUGCCACCACCUUCGAUUGGUGGUGCAACUAUUCCUCCAGGCUCCAAGGUCGGAUCCGAAAGUGCAUCUGACGCCACUACUGCUCAUUUUAGCAGCUCGCCAUCGGCGGCCGACACUACUACAGGAAGAGACGAGCGCGAGAAGCCGUACAAGACUACCCAAGGACCAACAGAAGUCUUGCACGAUGAGUCCGAUACCGCUGCAAGACGAGCUGUACGAUCGGCUUCGCCCGCAAUACCAUCCGCAUCUGAACCGAAGACCACGGGUUUCCGCACUCGCAAGAGAAAGGCGAUAGAUGAAGCUCCGAAGGACGACGCUCGAGCUGGCAAGAAAGUCACGGCAGCUGCGCCAUCGCGAUCUGCUAUCGACACAAGCUCGAACAUGCCCGCAGACGACCGCGGUGAGUCAGCCAACCCGGGUAGCAAUGAACAGACCGGAGCCACAGGCGGCAUGAAGAACAUGGCCAUCUCGGGGACGGAGACUACAUUGCGCAAGCAGGCUUGA